AUGGGGGGUUCAAUUUUAGGCAACUUUAUGAACUCUUUAAGGGCCGAUGCCGAGAAGAGAAAACACUGUAACAAGGAACCAAAUCUUAACGAAGGGAUUUGUAAGCUGACAAAUUAUCUAGACAGGCCCAUAUCAGUUUCAGAGGAUAUAUUCUCAGCAAAGGAUGAGGGUUGGUCGUCAAGCUUAAGGAAUUUCCUUUAUGGGAGAAGUCGGAGUAUUUGCGUUUAUUUGGAAUUAUGGUUAACAGCGUUAGAAUUAACCUCAGCGGCUCGAGGCGAAAUAUUGGGGGGGAAUUGCAAAUAUAAGGACUUUAAGGAAGAAGUAGUCAGUGGGCGAUCAGGAAGCAGAUGUAAGGUUGAUGUACAAUUAUCACAUUGGCGGAAUUUCGUCCAAAGAAGUUCAUUAAGCAUGAGCCAGAGUUACGAGAAGAAUUUACAACUAUGUAUGCAGAUAGUGCGGGAAAUCUAUAAAGGGUUAAAAAUAACCCAAGUGGGCAGAACAACCAAAGUAAAUCUGAAGCAAGAGCACAAUAUAUGCGGCAAUGUCUAUAAGGCUCUAACAGAGUGGGUAGAUGAGAAGUUUGCGGAGGAGAUCCUAAAGAAUUGGUUCAGUACCGAAGAUUCAGAAGGGAAGCCGAUGAAUACUUUACAGGUGGCCGGGACAGAUCUCUUUGAAGUAAUAAGUGAAGAUUUAAUCGGUGAUGAUGCAGGCAUAAAGGAUCUGAAGUGUAAGUGCGAAGGAAUCAAGGGGGUAGGAAUCCAGUCAAUUGAGAAGAAGUUCAUAACAGAGAAAACCCAGGAUAGCAUAACAGAGAUAGUCCAACAUCUCCCCAGCGAGGACGUCACGACGGAGGAUAGUCUGAGCAGCACGCUGCAGGAGUAUAUACAGGAAUCUAACAUCGCAAAGGGCAGUGAAGCUGAGACGGACGAUUCAUCGGGAAGUGGACCCUUCACAGUAUCAGCCGGGGUUUCUUGGGGAGGAAUGAUUGGCGGGGGAGCAGUGGCUGUUGCUCUAGGUAGCUUAGGUGUUUAUGGGAUGACAAGGAUAAUGACGCGGGGAGGUCGAGUGGCUAGGAGGGGUUCGAAGUAUCAGAGGGCAAUGGGCUCAGUGUCCUAUACUCCCAAGCCGUAG